UGUCAUUUUACCGGAAGUACAGUGUGCACUCAUUAUAUUAUUGAACGCGCUGUGUAUCGACUAUGUACACGCAUACGCAAAGUAAAUAAUGCGCCUUGCACUAGCAGUCAAUGUCAUGAAGGCUGCAGUAGCGUUAUCUGGCCGAUUUUCGGAUAUACCCUCUCUCUACAACAGUCAUCAAAACGCAGGAAUCGGCGGUUCUGUUACCACAGAAUCGACGGAUACGAGGCGUAGAUCGAGCUCACUGACAAGCAGGAUGUCUGCGCUGUUGAUUUUGGCGGCGGGAGCCGAGGAAAUGGAGAUGGUUAUUUCUGUCGAUGUGUUGCGACGGGCUCAAAUCAGUGUGACAGUUGCUGGGUUGUCUGGCACUGAACCAAUCACAUGCAGUCGCAAUGUUGUCAUCGUCCCCGAUAAAAGCUUGGAAGAGGCAGCCAAGCAGGGACUGUACGAUGUUGUCAUCAUGCCUGGAGGCAACGGGGGAGCUCAAAAUCUGGCUGGGUCAGAAAAAGUUGGUGAAAUACUGAAGGCCCACGAGAGCGGAGGAAAGAUAGUUGCUGCAAUCUGUGCAGCUCCGAUAGCACUUCUUAGCCACGGCAUUGCAAAGGGCAAGACACUGACCUCACAUCCUGCAGUCAAAGACAAGAUUGUGGCAGCAGGGAUCUACAGGUACUCGGAGGAGCGUGUGGUACAGGACGGCAACCUGAUCACCAGCCGAGGGCCGGGUACCGCCUUCGAGUUUGCCCUGGCCCUGGUAGAGGCGCUCAAAGGCAAAGAAGUAGCGGAUUUCCUCAUCCCACCCAUGCUGCUCAAAGUAUAAGGUGACCGUGGGGCUGAACUUCAGAGAGCUGCUAAGCGGAAGAAAACCUGCUAAGCCAGUUGGCAGAGAGCCAAGCCAGUUGGCAGAGAGCCAAGCCAGUUGGCAGAGAGCCAAGCCAAUUGGCAGAGAGCCAAGCCAGUAAGCCAGUUCUGUAUUCCAACUGUGCAUGUGCACAUCAAGAUUUGACAAUUAUUCUUUCGGGAUAAACAUUUAUCGUAUGCAUGCAAAAGCAUAGCGGGGUACCAGCAAAAAUGAAGAGAUCAUCGUGUUCCGACGUAACAUUUUGCAAAAACAAAACGUUUGGACAGCGAAGUAUUUUAGCGUCUUGAGUGUCCAAACUUUUGUGCAAACGUAAGUUUCCGUCUCGUUUCGACCGCACGUCCCCCAUAGCCUUGUGUGCAUUUAUCUGCCGCGUUUAUCCCGAAAAAAAAAUUUGUUGAAUCUUGUUGUGCACCAGACUAUUUUGGAAUACCGAACUGGCUUAUUUGCAGAGGGCCAAGACAUCAAAAACUUUUCUAAUCUCUGCUUUCUCUGCUUAGCAGCCCUUUGAAAUUUUCUAAACUCUAAAAUAUAUUUAUUUAAUUUUUCUCUUACUGAUAUGUCACUCUAUGCAUGUUGGUAGUCAGAGUGGUGUUAUAGACACCCUGUAUUGAAUGUGAAAGGUUUGAAAAUCCCAGUGUUUCAUGUUCGAUUUUGAGGGGGAGGGGGAAAUGUGGAAAUUGCAAUGUGAAAUCAUGUAGCUAAUCUUGUCAUUAUUCAUUCAAUUUGAUCACGCUUUGAUUCUUGUUUAAAGAUGGCUAAAGUGCUCUUAAUAAUGUACUGGAGACGAGCGGGGUAACCUUGGUUCUCAUGGGGGGGGGGGGCUCCCAAUUUCAUCUGUUCUGAUAAGUAGACAAUUUUUUCAUCGGUCACUUGGCCUCCUGCUAAUCAAGGGGGGGGGGGCUGCUGUCAGUGUCAGACAAUAGGUGGCGCUAUUCGCUGUACACGGUACGUACAGUACAAUAAAAAGCCACUUGCAAAAAGCAGGGAUUUCUUUGGAAAAAAAAACAAUCUUGAAAUUAAUCUUAAUGGAGUACCGAAGUGAAUACGUCACGCGCACAAAAUGUGUGUGAAAGACAUCAGCGCGUGAUUCAGCCCGUGAACCAACAUACGCGCAUGCUCCAUUCGUUUGCACUACACUUUCUGGUUCUAAAUGACGUCACACUUCGGUACGCCAUUCAUUGUUCUGAAGGUCACAGGUUUCAAUCCCUUUCUAGUCAUUUCUUUGUUGUAUAAAUUAUAAUUAGCGAAAUCAUUUUUUCAAUGUGAUUUGUAAUGAUUUGUGUAUGUAAUUGAUUAUUUAUUUAUUGUGGGGGCGGGGGGGGGGGGGGGAUUAGAUUUAUCUGAUUUAUUUAGUUCAGGGGAAUAGAAUUUGGAAUUUCAGUAAAAUGUAAAAUGCUGAUGAUAAAAGCAGCCAACCCUUUGCCAUUACAAAAAUAGACCAAAAAAUGUGUUUGCUGCCCUCUGUUGACAGAGAUUUGACAGUCCCUUGACAAACGUUCUUAUUGAAUCAAAUAAUAUGUAGUGUGAUUUCUGACAAGAAUUUUAAAUAAAUUGCUGAUCGAACUAGCUCCAAGUUAUCACA